AUGCCAAUCCCUUUAGCCAACUCAGUAGCAACCAUGGAAGCUUUGGCUUGUCGUAGGGCGGUUCUGUUCGCCAAGGAAAUAGGACUCUCAGACAUGAUAUUUGAAGGUGAUUCUGCAAAAGUGAUCCAAGCAAUCACCCAAGAGAAUUCGGACCACCCGGACUUUGGUCACAUUAUUGAUGAUAUUAGGAUUUUAGCUUCAGACUUAAACUCAUUUCAAUUUUGUCCUGUGAAACGUAACUGUAACGUAGUUGCUGAUGCUCUCGCUAAAAGAGCAAAAAAUUCCUCAAGCUUAGAUGUUUGGCUUGAAGAUGUAUCAGAUGAUAUUGUUCACCUUCUUUCUUUUGAUAUUCCUUAA